UGUGUGAGCUCCUGUCCUGUUUGUAGGUUACAGAAAGAUUUCAGUGGCCACACAUAAGAGGAUUUCAGGAUGGAAUUAACUCCAAUUUUUCAUUACUGUGAGAAUCAUAUUGAUGUGAAUCGUGUGAGAGUCCAGAGUGUGUGAGCAUCCUGGAGUGUGUUAGAAUGUUUAGUGUGUGUUCUGGAGUGUGUAAACGUGUGUAGUGUGUGUUCUGGAGUGUGUAGUGUGUGUAGUGUGUAUUUCCAUGGAGACGGAUGUGGAGAAGCUCAGAUUGGAACUGAACAGAUGAGUCACACCUUCUGACUGUUCUCACCACAUUUCUACGUCUCUCUACAUGAAACAACAUGAAGUUAGUUCUUUUGGAUGCAGGUGAUGGCCAAGAUGAGAAACCGGAUCCAUGCUGAUCUUCUCGAAUGUCUCUGGAAGACCGUGAUGUGACCUGAAGAUCCUGAAGAAAAGGACAAGGUGAAGUAUGAAGCUGAUUCUGCUGAGCCUGAGGUUACUGUGUCUGGCCUGUUUGUGGCCUGUUACACUGCUGAAUCAUCGCCAACCCAAUCGCAAGAAGAACAAGGAUGUUUACCUGGGAGAACAUGUCAAGCACAAACCCCCAGGACGAAUCGACUACAAGCUGAAAAAACAGGACAGCACCAAAUCUCUCCUGAUCAAAACCGAGCAGCUGCUGAGGAUCGAGGAACACGACUUUGCAAUGCGACCAGGAUUUGGAGGCUCUGCGAUCCCUGUGGGUAUCGACGUACAGGUGGAGAGUUUAGACAGCAUCUCAGAGGUCAACAUGGACUUCACCAUGACGCUGUACCUGAGGCACUACUGGAAAGAUGAGCGUCUGGCUUUUCCCGCAGGAAACAACCUGAGCCGCACCUUUGACGCUAGGUUGGCAAAGAAAAUCUGGGUUCCUGACGUGUUCUUUGUCCACUCCAAGCGUUCGUUCAUUCAUGACACCACCAUGGAGAACAUCAUGCUGAGGGUUUACCCAGAUGGCAAUGUUCUCUACAGCGUCAGGAUCACAGUGACGGCUCAGUGCUCCAUGGACUUCAGCAGCUUUCCUCUGGACACUCAGAACUGUUCUCUGGAGCUGGAGAGCUAUGCUUAUAAUGAAAACGACCUCAUGCUGUACUGGAAGAACGGAAACGACUCUCUCAGGACCGAUGAGAUCGUUCUCUCACAGUUCUUUAUAGAAGAGUUUAAGCCUUCCAGCGGUUUGGCUUUUUACAGCAGUACUGGUUGGUACAACAGACUCUACAUCAACUUUAUCCUCAGGAGACACAUUUUCUUCUUUAUGCUGCAGACCUACUUUCCCACAAUGUUAAUGGUCGUGCUCUCUUGGGUGUCGUUUUGGAUCGACAGACGGGCCGUGCCUGCUCGCGUCUCACUUGGAAUCACCACGGUCCUGACCAUGUCGACCAUCAUCACGGGCGUGUCUGCCUCCAUGCCCCAGGUGUCCUAUGUAAAAGCGGUGGAUAUCUACCUGUGGGUCAGCUUCCUGUUUGUCUUCCUGUCAGUCAUAGAGUACGCUGCUGUCAAUUACUUCACCACUGUGGAGGAGAUGAAGAAGAUGAAGAAGGGAAAGCUCUCCAGAUUCGACGCUUCCCAGGCAAUGGCCUUUGAUGGCUGCUUCCAUGACACUGACAUCGAUCUCAGCGCCUUCCCUCAGCUGACGAAUCUCGGCGUGGAACCUCCCGUGUCCUCCCAGAACUCCAGCGUGCCUGAAGCUCCACCUACGCUUGGCACACGUCUGCACAAAACACCACGUCUGAGACACCACCUCCACCUUCUCAUGAGCAACAGCUACAUGAUCGACUCGUACUCGAGGAUCCUGUUUCCUCUUGCUUACCUUACGUUCAACAUCAUCUACUGGAGCAUCUACACCUAAAUCUCAAUGAGAACCUGAAGGCAGGAGGAAAAAUCUGAUCAGGACGGUUUUCACACUCGCAAUGGGAAUCGUGAUGAUGACUUUCGUUUUAAAUAAACAAGUUACAAAAAAUACAAGUUUGUGGAAGGAGUCCAGUGUCACUAUCAGUUUCUCUUCAUUAAUAUUAAUUGUUUAUGUGAAUUUAGUUCUAUGAUUUUUGUUUAUCAAAGCAAAAAAUUAAAUACAAUUAUUAGUGACAAUGGUCUAAAUAUAUAAAAGAAAUGUUAUUUGCAAAUUUAUAUUAUUGGGGAAUGUACACUGAUUUAUUCAAAACAUCAUCAACAGCAUGCAGAAGUUAAAAGCAGAUAUUUAAAUAAAAAAAAAGACAUCUGACAAAUUGUCUGAAUUAAGAACCUGAACUUUUUGUGCUGUAUUGUCAAUAAUCCACCAGAGGGCGCAUUUGAUAAACGGCUUAGAUUUUUAACAAUAAAUGUUUAAAAAUAGCUCAGA